AUGGUCGCGCGGACGCAGCACCUGCGCUCGCGGUUGAGUGGAGGUGGCGGGCGCGUGGGGCGUGGGUGGGGCGCGAACGCGACGGAGCCCGAGGGGACGAACGGCAGCGUCGCCACGGCGGCUGACGCCGAGAAGGCCACGUCGAACGGCGCGGAGAAGCCGAUGACCGACGAGGAGAAGAAGAUCGCGGAGGCGGUUGAGGCGGCGUUCGCGCUCGAGGACGAGGUUCCCUACGUCGAGCCCUCCGACCUGCAGAAGCUCGCGACCUCCGCGAAGCUCCUCUUCGCGCGCCCCUGGAGGCGCUUCAAGAAGGGCUCGGUGCUCACGCUGAAGAUCUCUGGCGACAUCGGCGACGUGAAGUCCGGCUCGCCGUUCCGCGGGGAGUCGAUGUCCGUCCCGGCCAUCUGCCAGGCGCUGCGCAACGCCGCCGUCGACCCCCGCGUCGCCGGCGUCGCGAUCAAGAUCGAGCCCGUCGCGGCGGGCUGGGGCAAGCUGCAGGAGCUGCGGCGGCACCUGGCGCACUUCAACAAGAGCGGCAAGUUCUCGCUGGCGUACAUGGAGCUCGGCGGCGAGAAGGAGUACUACCUCGCGUGCGGGUGCAACGAGAUCUACGCCCCGCCGUCCGCCUCGCUCUCUCUGCGCGGCGUCAAGGUAGCGGGCACCUUCCUGCGCGGCGCGCUCGAGAAGGCGGGCGUGCAGCCCGAGGUCCGCCGCAUCGGCAAGUACAAGUCCGCGGGCGACCAGUUCCUGCGCAAGGACAUGUCGGAGCCGCAGCGGGAGCAGCUCACCGCGCUGCUCGACGCCAUCUACUAUCACUUCUGCGAAUCGAUCGCCGAGGCGCGCGGAAAGACUGCGGAGGAGGCGCGCGAGCUGCUCGACCGCGGCGUGUACGAGAUGGAGACGCUCCAGGAGGAGGGGUGGCUGACGGACCUCAAGUAUGAGACCGACCUGACUAAGGUCAUCGCGGAGAAGCUCGGCGAGGACGUCAAGACCAAGGUCGCCAAGGGCAAGGGCAUCCCGAAGGUCGGCUUCCGGAAGUACGCCCGCGUCGACCCGUCGACCUUCGGCACGGAGGGCGGCCGGAAGGUCAUUGCCGUAGUGCGCGCCGCCGGUGCGAUCACCGGGACGGGCGACGAGGAGCAGGCCGGGCAGAUCAACUCCGGCCCCGUGAUCCGCAAGAUGCGCGCGCUGCGCAAGGACAAGCGCGUCGCCGCGAUCGUGCUCCGCGUCGACUCCCCCGGGGGGUCGGCGCUGGCGUCAGACCUCAUGUGGUAUGAGAUCCAGCAGACCGCCAAGAAGAAGCCCGUCGUGGCGUCCAUGGCGGACGUGGCCGCGAGCGGCGGGUACUACAUGUCGAUGGCGUGCCGCAAGAUCGUGUGCGAGCCCCUGACGAUAACGGGCUCCAUCGGCGUCGUCACGGGGAAAUUCUCGCUCCAGGAGCUCUACAACCGCGUCGGCUACGCCAAGGAGACCAUCUCGCGCGGCAGGUACGCAAACUUCCUGGGUGAGGAGCGCCCGCUGACGGAGGACGAGAACGAGCAGUUCGACCGCGAGGCUCAGCACGCGUACGAGUCGUUCCGCAACAAGGCCGCGGCGUCGCGCGGCAUGGAGCCGGAGAAGAUGCAGGAGUACGCGCAGGGGCGCGUCUGGACCGGCUCCGACGCGCUGGAGCGCGGGCUGGUGGACGGCCUCGGCGGCGUCAACAAGGCGGUCGCCGUGGCCAAGGCGAUGGCCGGGAUCGGCGCGGACGAGCGCGUGCGCGUGAUGGAGGUGUCGCGCGGGAAGAUGAGCCCGCUGCAGGCGCUGUCGGGCGGCGGGGCGUCCGCGGGCGCGAGCCCGCUGCUGGAGGGCGCGGACGACGACUGGGCGCCCGUGCGGCCGUUCAGCGCGGCUGCGGCGGCGCUGACGGACGCGCUGGCGCGCGCGGUGGUCGGGUCCGCGAUGCAGGCGGGUGGCGCGGCCGUCACGGGCGCGCUCGGCACGAGCGCCGUGCAGGGACUGGUGGGAGCGGCGGUGUGGCAGGCGGCGGGCGCGGCGCUGGCGCAGGGUGCGGCGACGGGCCAGGCACAGGCCGUGCUGUCCGACCCGGAGGUACUGGGCAUCACGGGCGCGGGCAGCACCGCGGCGGGGAGCGCGCAGGCGUCGCUGGACGGCGUCGCGGGCUGGGACGGCGACGUGCGCGGCUCGAUCUAA